GUUGGCUUCAGCAGCCCCCGGAACAUUGGCGAGUCCCUGCCCUGGCUGCAGUGGAUCGUAGACCACUACGACACUUUGCCAGAUGUGGUCGUUUUCCUCCACGGUGAUCAGACAGCGUGGCAUCACGCAGAGCCGUUUGAUGUGAACUUCCUCCAAACUUACACGCCUUCGAACGUGACCAUGCUCUCUGACAAGAACUGCGUCUGGAAGGCGGAUCUUCCCUCGAGGCUACAGGAAGAGAUGCCAGGGCUGGACCUGAUCUAUGGGGCCUUCUGGAGCCUCACGUUUGAGCAGGCCUUCGCGCGGUUUCACAUGGCCAACAACUUCAUCUGCUGCUCAGAAAGCAUGGUAACCAGGCAGGCCAUCCAGCGCUUCGGCAAGCCUGUGUACCAACAGCUGGUGGAGACCAUGAGCAAGCAUGGUCACUGGCCUUGGGGCUGGAUCAUGGAGAGAUCCUGGCAGAACCUGUGGGGUGCUCCGGAUCCGCUCCCAGACAGGCAGAUCAUUCAGCACCUGAAGCAAAGUCGUAGUGCCAACUCCUUCAUGGUUCUGCAUCGGAGUGUGGACACCCCCAAACACGCCUCGUCUGUUCAAGCGGUCGUGGAAGCUUCGGCACACUGCAUUGAUCCGCACCAGCACUCCUCCUAUUUGUACUCGGCGGAGAUUCUGGCGAACACCUAUGCUGGCGAUCCUGAGAUUGUUCCGGUGCUGACAGAGCUCUUUAACCAGCUCAGCGGCAUCGGCCUGCAGUGUCUCAUAAAUUCAGAGAGCAAGCUGGAGGAGAUCACCGAGCUCGUCGAAGACUUCUUCGGCAUGUUUGAGCGGUACCUGCGCUUUGCACCAACAAUUGUUUUACAUGCCCCGACGCUUCUGCCGACGCUCCGCCUGUGGAGCGUCGUGAUCUUUGUGCAGCAAAAGGAAGCAGUCGAGGCUGUCAUUGCCUUUAUCGAAUCGGUUUUCUCGCACAUCGCGGAGACGAAGAAAGUCGGAAGGCGGUAUAUGGAUGAGCACAAGGCCUCCAUCGGCCAGAUGCUGCAGCCCCACGCUUUGCAGGUAGCGCCUGUCUUCGUCGAAGCCGUGUUUAAGCUCAUUGCUGGGGUGCCCACAAAUUAUGUGCAAGACAGCAUUCCCUCCAUCCUGGAGAACAUCCGAUCCGCUUUUCCGCAGGAGUUCGCCACCUGGCUGGAGGCAGGCCUGGGCCACCUGCCGCCUUCGGUGGGCUCCAAGGUCGAGCUGCAGAAGUUCGGAGAGCAGAUUUUGCGCGGCGACGAUACGCAGGUGUACGAAGCGAUUCAG